UUAAUGCCCAACCUUUCAAUAGAGUUUUGCAGCGAUUAGUGGAGCACUUCCAUCUGGUGGCCCGAACGCAUCGGCUGUACUUCUGCACCAUGUCGGCGAAUAAAGUCAUUCCGCUGUGGAUGACGACCUGUUUGAUGCUGGCCACCUGUAUAUCUGCAAAUCCCAGUUUCGAGGACCUUGGUCGUGGUCAAGAUUUGGAGGCCAAGGAUAGCAGCGUGGUGGAUACUUCGGCGGGAAUGCUGGACCCAACGCAACCCAAGCAGAUGAGUUACCAAAGACCUCCCGCGGGAUAUAAGGACUACGAGUACAUCCUGGGUCCCCGACGAAUGGGUGGUGGCGAUUCGUAUGCUGCGGAUAACGAUCUCAGUGCCACCUCCGCCCUGAAGAUUCACGGCGAAGGGAAUUUGGCCUCGCUGAACAGGCCUGUCAAUGGUAUUCCCCCCAAGCCCCUGCCCUGGUACGGCGAUUAUUCUGGAAAACUACUGGCCAAUGCGCCCAUGUACCCCUCAAGGUCCUACGAUCCCUAUAUUCGAAGAUACGACAGAUUCGAUGAGCAAUACCAUCGCAACUAUCCGCAGUAUUUCGAGGACAUGUACAUGCAUCGGCAGCGUUUCGAUCCAUACGAUAGCUACAGUCCGCGGAUACCGCAGUAUCCGGAUCCCUACGUUAUGUAUCCGGACCGUUACACAGAUGCCCCAUCUUUAAGGGACUAUCCUAAAGUGCGACGUGGUUAUAUGGACGAACCUAUGGCACCGAUCGAUUCCUACAGCAGCAGCAAGUACGGUCCUUCGAAGCAAGCCGAUCUGACCUUUCCGGCCCGUAACGAGCGGAUCGUCUACUAUGCCCACCUCCCUGAAAUUGUACGAACUCCAUAUGAUAGUACGUCGGAGGAUCGGAACUCAGCUCCCUAUAAGCUAAAUAAGCUGAAAAAAUUGAAAACCAAUCUGCGACCUUUAGCAAAUAAUGCCACCACCUAUAAGAUGACGUUGUAGAUGGGCAAAUGCUAACUAGCUACUAAGAUAUUUUUUUUAUACUCAUUACUCAAAAGCAUUUGUAUCUGCUAAGCACCAAGUUCAGCGUUUGGAAUAUUUCAUUACUUUUAUGCAAAUAUAAUAUUAAAUUUAAAAUAAUAAAGAAGGAGAAAGAUUCGGAACUUACCUUGACUUCUAAGUUUUAUAAAUAUUUUUUUUUCUUUUAUAGUAUAAAUAUAAGAUCAUAAUUUCCAUAAUAUAUUUAUUAUAUAUUUAUACAACAUGUCACCCAUUUGAACGAAAACAAGUCUAGAGGUAUAAGUUUUCUAUUAGAAAAUCUUACAGGCAAUAAAAACCUUUCACAAGUUCCAUUA